ACGUCGUUGACUAUGGAACCCGCCUUCCUCUGGCAAGAUGGCGCCGCUGGUGGUACAGCUGAAAUGUGGACUCCACUUGCAAAGACAAACAUUUACUACUUUACUCCAACAUACAAGUUCGUAUCAUAUUUGGAGAGGAGGUAACACACCGAAUGGGAAGCAACAGACGACUUAUUUGCUGAGCCCCAACCUGAGGACAGCCUCAUGGACAGUCAACAGAAGUGACAACAGACGUAUACUGGAGGCUGCAAAGCAUUUGCAGGUGACCGAGAGGACAUGUUGGCACGGAAAUGCAGGUGGAAGGCUAAACGCAGACCCCAAAAAUGUGUUGAAGGAGGUGAAUUCCCGGACCAUCUUGUCUAACAUGUUGUCCUACGUGUGGCCCAAGGACCGGCCUGAUCUUCGGGCUAGAGUAGCCAUCGCCCUGGGGCUGCUGGCUGGAGCUAAGAUGACCAACGUGAUGGUACCCUUCAUGUUUAAGUAUGCUGUGGACGAGCUGAAUGGACUGUCAGGUCAUAUGUUGAACCUGAGCGACGCCCCCAGCACCGUGGCUACCAUGGCAACUGCUGUUCUGAUUGGCUACGGUGUGUCCCGUGCCGGUUCGGCCCUCUUCAAUGAGCUGCGUAACGCCGUGUUUGGGAAGGUGGCCCAGAAUUCCAUCCGGCGUAUCGCCAAGAACGUGUUCCUGCACCUCCACAGCCUGGACCUGGGCUUCCACCUGUCCCGCCAGACGGGGGCGAUGUCAAAGGCCAUUGAUAGGGGCACCAGGGGCAUCUCCUUCGUCCUCUCUGCCAUUGUCUUCAACCUGGGACCCACUGUUUUUGAGAUGGGGCUGGUCUCUGCUAUCCUGUAUUAUAAAUGCGGGGUGGAAUUUGCUGCGGUGACUCUGGGUACUCUGGGAGCGUAUACAGCCUUCACCAUUGCUGUCACACAGUGGAGGACUCGGUUCAGGAUAGAGAUGAACAAGGCAGACAACGAGGCAGGAAACGCUGCUAUUGACUCUUUACUCAACUAUGAGACCGUUAAGUAUUUCAACAAUGAGAAGUAUGAAGCAGAGAAGUAUGAUGGUUAUCUGAAGAGCUACGAGUCCUCCUCCCUGAAGACCACCUAUACCCUGGCCAUGCUCAACUUUGGACAGAGUGUCAUCUUUAGUGUGGGCCUCACUGGUAUCAUGGUACUAGCUAGCAAGGGGAUCAUGGCAGGCUCUAUGACAGUAGGAGACCUGGUGAUGGUGAAUGGUCUGCUGUUCCAGCUCUCUCUGCCUCUUAACUUCCUGGGCACCGUGUACAGAGAGACACGCCAGGCCCUGAUCGACAUGAAUACACUCUUCACACUGCUCAGUGUUGACACCAAGAUUAAGGAAAGAGAGCUGGCCCCUCCUCUCUCCGUCACCCCUCAAGAAGCCACCAUCAGGUUUGAGGAUGUCUACUUUGAGUACCUGGAAGGACAGAAGGUUCUAGAGGGCGUCUCCUUCCAGGUGCCGGCUGGGAAGAAGGUGGCCAUCGUAGGAGGGAGCGGAUCAGGGAAGAGCACCAUUAUGCGUAUGUUGUUCCGGUUUUACGAGCCCCAGAAGGGAAACAUCUACAUCGCUGGACAGAACAUCAGGGACGUUGGACUGGACAGCCUGCGACGGGCCGUAGGGGUGGUACCACAGGUAAACGUUGGACUGGACAGCCUGCGACGGGCCGUAGGGGUGGUACCACAGGUAAACGUUGGACUGGACAGCCUGCGACGGGCCGUAGGGGUGGUACCACAGGUAAACGUUGGACUGGACAGCCUGCGACGGGCCGUAGGGGUGGUACCACAGGUAAACGUUGGACUGGACAGCCUGCGACGGGCCGUAGGGGUGGUACCACAGGUAAACGUUGGACUGGACAGCCUGCGACGGGCCGUAGGGGUGGUACCACAGGUAAACGUUGGACUGGACAGCCUGCGACGGGCCGUAGGGGUGGUACCACAGGUAAACGUUGGACUGGACAGCCUGCGACGGGCCGUAGGGGUGGUACCACAGGUAAACGUUGGACUGGACAGCCUGCGACGGGCCGUAGGGGUGGUACCACAGGUAAACGUUGGACUGGACAGCCUGCGACGGGCCAUAGGGGUGGUACCACAGGUAAACGUUGGACUGGACAGCCUGCGACGGGCCGUAGGGGUGGUACCACAGGUAAACGUUGGACUGGACAGCCUGCGACGGGCCGUAGGGGUGGUACCACAGGUAAACGUUGGACUGGACAGCCUGCGACGGGCCGUAGGGGUGGUACCACAGGUAAACGUUGGACUGGACAGCCUGCGACGGGCCGUAGGGGUGGUACCACAGGUAAACGUUGGACUGGACAGCCUGCGACGGGCCGUAGGGGUGGUACCACAGGUAAACGUUGGACUGGACAGCCUGCGACGGGCCAUAGGGGUGGUACCACAGGUAAACGUUGGACUGGACAGCCUGCGACGGGCCGUAGGGGUGGUACCACAGGUAAACGUUGGACUGGACAGCCUGCGACGGGCCGUAGGGGUGGUACCACAGGUAAACGUUGGACUGGACAGCCUGCGACGGGCCGUAGGGGUGGUACCACAGGUAAACGUUGGACUGGACAGCCUGCGACGGGCCGUAGGGGUGGUACCACAGGUAAACGUUGGACUGGACAGCCUGCGACGGGCCGUAGGGGUGGUACCACAGGUAAACGUUGGACUGGACAGCCUGCGACGGGCCGUAGGGGUGGUACCACAGGUAAACGUUGGACUGGACAGCCUGCGACGGGCCGUAGGGGUGGUACCACAGGUAAACGUUGGACUGGACAGCCUGCGACGGGCCGUAGGGGUGGUACCACAGGUAAACGUUGGACUGGACAGCCUGCGACGGGCCGUAGGGGUGGUACCACAGGAUGCAGUGCUCUUCCACAACACCAUAUUCUACAACCUUCAGUACGGGAACAUCAACGCCACGCCAGAGGAGGUGUACCAGGUGGCACGGCUGGCAGGGAUCCACGAUGCCAUCCUUAGGAUGCCCCACGGAUACGACACUCAGGUCGGCGAGAGGGGACUCAAACUGUCAGGUGGGGAGAAGCAGCGUGUGGCCAUAGCCAGGGCCAUACUGAAGAACCCUCCUAUCCUGCUGUAUGAUGAAGCUACCUCCUCACUGGACUCUAUCACUGAGGAGAACAUUCUUAGUUCCAUGAAGGGUCUGGUCCAGGACCGGACGUCCGUGUUCAUCGCUCACAGACUGUCCACCAUCGUAGACGCAGACGAGAUCAUCGUACUCAACAAGGGUAAGAUAGCAGAGCGAGGGGACCACCACUCUCUCCUGGCUACUCCAGGCUCUCUGUAUGCUGACCUGUGGAACACUCAGAACAGUAAGAUACUGAACAUUAAGAACAGCCUGGUGGAACUGCAGCCAGAGAGACUCAGCCAGAAGGAGGAGGAGAGGAAGAAACUACAGGAGGAGAUCAUGAACAGUGUCAAGGGCUGUGGGAACUGCUCCUGUUGAGGAGAGGAGAGACAAGGACAUCCCUCAAUACCUGUCCUCCCUUCUUCCUUCCUUCACUCACUGACAGCCUGCCCUCAGUACUUUAGUCUCUCUCAGGGGAGGGGCCAUCUACACCUCUCCAUCUCACUCCUGCCACAACAAACCCUGGGCUGACUGCCCCUCCCCUUGUUCCUCUUGAGAAGGCGAUUGGUGGCCGAAGAGGAGACUGAGAAGGAAGCCUAUCUGCCAUUGGCUGAUGUCUACAGAGAGGCAGUGUUCAUCUACCAAUCAUCUCAGGACAAACCACGCAUAAGAGAUCUUGUAUAUGAUGACAUCAUGGUGUAUAGGGUUGAGUAAGAACAGGACUGAGUAAGAACAGGACUGAGUAAGAACAGGACUGAGUAAGAACAGGACUGAGUAAGAACAGGACUGAGUAAGAACAGGACUGAGUAAGAACAGGACUGAUGGACUGAGUAAGAACAGGACUGAUGGACUGAGUAAGAACAGGACUGAUGGACUGAGUAAGAACAGGACUGAGUAAGAACAGGGCUGAUGGACUGAGUAAGAACAGGACUGAGUAAGAAUAGGACUGAUGGACUGAUUAAGAACAGGACUGAGUAAGUACAGUACUGAUGGACUGAGUAAGAACAGGACUGAGUAAGAAUAGGACUGAUGGACUGAGUAAGAACAGGACUGAGUAAGAACAGGACUGAGUAGGAACAGGACUGAGUAAGAACAGGACUGAUGGACUGAGUAAGAACAGGACUGAGUAAGAACAGGACUGAUGGACUGAGUAAGAACAGGACUGAGUAAGAACAGGACUGAUGGACUGAGUAAGAACAGGACUGAUGGACUGAGUAAGAACAGGACUGAGUAAAAACAGGACUGAGUAAGUACAGGACUGAUGGACUGAGUAAGAACAGGACUGAGUAAGAAUAGGACUGAUGGACUGAUUAAGAACAGGACUGAGUAAGAAUAGGACUGAUGGACUGAUUAAGAACAGGACUGAGUAAAAACAGGACUGAGUAAGUACAGGACUGAUGGACUGAGUAAGAACAGGACUGAGUAAGAAUAGGACUGAUGGACUGAUUAAGAACAGGACUGAUGGACUGAGUAAGAACCGGACUGAGUAAGAACCGGACUGAGUAAGAACCGGACUGAGUAAGAACCGGACUGAGUAAGAACCGGACUGAGUAAGAACCGGACUGAGUAAGAACCGGACUGAGUAAGAACCGGACUGAGUAAGAACAGGACUGAUGGACUGAGUAAGAACAGGACUGAGUAAGAACAGGACUGAGUAGGAACAGGACUGAGUAGGAACAGGACUGAUGACUGAUUAAGAACAGGACUGAGUAAAAACAGGACUGAGUAAGACCAGGACUGAGUAAGAACAGGACUGAAUAAGAACAGGACUGAAUAAGAACAGGACUGAAUAAGAACAUGCCUGAAUAAGAACAUGCCUGAGUAAGAACCAGACUGAGUAUGAACCAGACUGAGUAUGAACCAGACUGAGUAUGAACCAGACUGAGUAUGAACCAGACUGAGUAUGAACCAGACUGAGUAUGAACCAGACUGAGUAUGAACCAGACUGAGUAUGAACCAGACUGAGUAUGAACCAGACUGAGUAUAGACCAGGACUGAGUAAGAACAGGACUGAAUAAGAACAGGACUGAUGGACUGAGUAAGAACAGGACUGAGUAAGAACAGGACUGAGUAGGAACAGGACUGAGUAGGAACAGGACUGAGUAGGAACAGGACUGAUGACUGAUUAAGAACAGGACUGAGUAAAAACAGGACUGAUGACUGAUUAAGAACAGGACUGAGUAAAAACAGGACUGAUGGACUGAGUAAGACCAGGACUGAGUAAGAACAGGACUGAAUAAGAACAGGACUGAGUAAGAACAGGACUGAGUAAGAACAGGACUGAGUAAGAACAGGACUGAGUAAGAACAGGACUGAGUAAGAACAGGACUGAGUAAGAACAGGACUGAGUAAGAACAGGACUGAGUAAGAACAGGACUGAUGGACUGAGUAAGAACAGGACUGAGUAAGAACAGGACUGAUGGACUGAGUAAGAACCGGACUGAGUAAGAACCAGACUGAGUAUGAACCAGGACUGAGUAAGACCAGGACUGAGUAAGACCAGGACUGAGUAAGACCAGGACUGAGUAAGACCAGGACUGAAUAAGACCAGGACUGAAUAAGAACAUGACUGAGUAAGAACAUGACUGAGUAAGAACCGGACUGAGUAAGAACCGGACUGAGUAAGAACCGGACUGAGUAAGAACCGGACUGAGUAAGAACCGGACUGAGUAAGAACCGGACUGAGUAAGAACCGGACUGAGUAAGAACCGGACUGAGUAAGAACGGGACUGAGUAGGAACGGGACUGAGUAGGAACGGGACUGAGUAAGAACGGGACUGAGUAAGAACAGGACUGAAUAAGAACAGGACUGAGUAAGAACAGGACUGAGUAAGAACAGGACUGAGUAAGAACAGGACUGAGUAAGAACAGGACUGAGUAAGAACAUUAAAGUGUAUUUGCCAGAUCAGUGCCCAUGUUGCAUGAUGUCAUCGUGUACAGUUUGUUAGAACGGAACACUGGUUGGACUUGUACAAAUUCACCUUCAUGUCCAACAGAAAGAAAGACAUUACAAUGUGUAUAAUUAUGUAAAGGCAUUGGAGAAAGAACACAGUGUUUUUGUGUGAUAACCUGAAUAAAGAGCAGUGAGACUCAGAUUGUU